AUUCUAGAAGUAGGUAGACGAAAGACAAGAAAUACGGGUAGGAGUGACAGUCGAGUGACUGUCGGGUUGCGAUUUGCGACUCGCGAGUUGCGCGACGAGCAACAGGCUCUCCUGUCACAUAUCGCCUAUCGAACAGAUUCGUCUGGAUUCGUCGACGACCGCGUGUGCUAGAUCCUGAUCGCGGGGAUUGCGUAAUAUCGCGAUACGCGUGCCAUUGUCGUGGCUUAUCGCGAGGAUUGCGAGCGGGCAUCAGGGACAGUGAUGCCUGUGUCGCAGCCAGUACGUGCUAAGAGUUUGUUACGCGCAAACUUGGAAAACUCACGCGCGCGAGUCUUACAGAGCAGAAUGCCCAACAUCAAGGUCUUCAGCGGGACCUCGCAUCCAGAUCUCGCCCAGCGGAUCGUCGACCGCCUCGGCAUCGACAUCGGCAAGGUUGUCACCAAGAAAUUCAGCAACCUUGAGACAUGCGUGGAGAUAGGAGAAUCCGUCCGUGGGGAAGAUGUCUACAUCGUGCAAAGUGGAAGCGGCGAAGUGAACGAUAAUCUUAUGGAACUUCUCAUCAUGAUCAACGCUUGCAAAAUUGCUUCUGCAUCCCGAGUAACAGCGGUGAUACCUUGUUUUCCUUAUGCGAGGCAGGACAAAAAAGACAAGGGCGGUGAUGGUGGAGACUCUAAAAAUCAGAUUGUCAUGAAGUCGAACGAGUGGAAAUUCAGGAGUCGUGCGCCAAUCUCCGCAAAACUAGUAGCAAAUAUGCUUUCCGUGGCGGGUGCUGAUCACAUUAUCACAAUGGACUUGCAUGCUAGUCAAAUACAAGGAUUUUUCGACAUUCCAGUGGACAACUUAUUCGCUGAACCUGCUGUCCUCAAAUGGAUUAAAGAGAAUAUCGUUGAAUGGCGAAAUAGUAUCAUUGUCUCCCCUGACGCUGGUGGUGCCAAAAGAGUCACAUCUAUCGCAGACCGAUUAAAUGUUGAAUUUGCGCUCAUACAUAAAGAAAGGAAGAAAGCGAAUGAAGUCGCCAGUAUGGUAUUGGUUGGUGAUGUUAAAGACAGAGUUGCUAUCCUUGUAGACGAUAUGGCCGACACUUGCGGUACCAUCUGUCACGCAGCAGAAAAAUUGUUGGAAGCUGGUGCCACAAAAGUUUAUGCGAUACUUACACAUGGCAUCUUCAGUGGGCCAGCAAUUAGUAGAAUUAACAAUGCUUGCUUCGAAGCUGUGGUAGUGACCAAUACUAUCCCUCAAGAUGGUCACAUGAAAGAUUGCCCAAAGAUUCAGUGUAUUGAUGUCUCGAUGAUGUUUGCCGAAGCAGUGAGGCGGACACAUAAUGGUGAAUCUGUAUCGUACCUGUUUUCAAACGUACCAUAUUAGAUGAAAAUCUUCCGUAAUUUACUUUAAACUAUGUAAGAAGAACAUAUUCUUUUUACAUUUGUUUAUUGUUAUUGUUAGUUAAAAACUACUUCGUUUACCUGCUAGUUAGAUUUAUAUUCUGUGUGUCUCAUAAUUCCAAAUUAAAAUGAUACUAUUUUUUCAUGAAUUUCUAAUAGCAAAUACAUCCGGUUAAUCCGUAUGAAAAACGAACUUUUAGAAGAUUAAAGAUUUAGAUCUGUAAGAUAUUUUUUUUAACUUAAUAGUUCUUUGAAUUUUUCAAACACUAAAAGAGAUGUAAUACUUAAGAAUUUUGUUGCAAUCAAAGAGAGUUGCAAUUUGAGCUCAUAUAACUUAUGACAUUAUUCUUUUUAUCAGUCUCAAAAUUUAAUAGAAAAUGAUAGACAGAUCAAUCUGUU